CGACAUGGUCAAAGUUCACAAACACAUCGCCCCGGAGUUCGACAGGUGCCAACUUUGGUCCUUCCACAGAAUCGACGACGAGGAGGCUGUAUUCAAAAACAAAGUAGAGGAGAGGGUUGUGGACACGAGUGAUUCUGUUCGGCUGAAUUUUAACGUCACGACUGACUUCUUUAGAGUGAAGUGUGGAGAGUUCGAAAGGUAUUUCUCUCACAUCUACCCAAACCCAAACUUACUGGUACCACAGAGUCGCCCCGUUUUGAAAGUAAGCCCGAACCCCUUUCAAGACGUCAGUGUGUUGAUGCUCGGUUUCGACUCGACCUCUCGUUUAAACUUCAUGCGGAAAUUGCCGAAGGUUUACGACUAUUUGACAAAAGAAAUGGGCGCUGUUGUGCUUCGAGGAUAUAACAUAGUAGGCGACGCGACCGCAGGUGCAUUCAUACCUAUCCUCACAGGCCACACGGAGGCAGAGCUACCGAACGUCAAAAGAAACACGGAGAAUUCACAAUUCGUUGACGCGUACCCGCUUAUCUGGAAACAGUACAAGAAGAAAGGAUACGCUACCCAGUUCGCCGAAGACAUGCCCGGUUUUGCCGCGUUUAACCUACGUUUAAACGGAUUCAAAGAACAACCCACGGACCACUACAUGCGGCCAUUUUGGCACAAAAUAGACGAAGGGCCCACAUUUUGCUACGGGUCCGUUCCAAAGCACGUUAUGAUGUUUGAUUACCUGAAGGAGUUUCACCUGGCGUACGAGAGUUCCCGGCCACGGUUUGGGUUCACUUUUCUCACUCAGAUCAGCCACGAUGACCUGAAUAUCAUCGAACUGGUACAGCAGGAUCUAUUGAACCUACUCUCAGGUCUGUACGAGGAGGGGCAUUUGAAGAACACUAUUCUGGUCGUCUUUAGUGAUCACGGUCCAAGGUAUGGAAACAUGAGGGAAACAUUGCAAGGGAAGAUAGAGGAACGACUCCCUUUUAUGUCUAUUGUACUCCCGGAUAGCAUCAAACGCAACCACCCGAAAGUCUUGAAAACCUUGCAGCAAAAUUCGGACAGGUUGACCACACCGUUUGACAUGUACGCUACGUUAGCUGACGUUAUAGGGCACAAAGAUUCGCACCUACCGGCGCCUAACGGUCUACCUCGGGCGAUCAGUCUCUUCACAAAAAUUCCCGCCAACCGGACUUGUCAAGACGCGGGGAUUGAGACGCACUGGUGCGCCUGUCUGCAGUGGAAAUCUAUUCCGCCAGAGGGCAGUGUCGCCACGAAGGUUGCCAAGUUCUUGGUUGCACACAUCAACGCCCUCAUCAAGCCCUACAUGAGUCUGUGCCACCAACUGUCGAUUGUAAACGUGACCCAUGCCGAGGCGGCUGAACCAGAUAACCAAAACGGCAUCACGUAUAGAGAUGUACAGAUCACAGUAGAGACCACGCCGGGACUGGCACUGUUUGAAGCGACUGUUCAUAUCACGGAAAAGCUCGGAAACGACUCCAUGACUGUUACUUCAGACAUCAGUAGAAUUAACAAGUAUGGACACCAAAGCGACUGUGUCCUGAACACGAAUCCAGAACUUCGAAAGUAUUGCUACUGUAGGGAAGAUAAAAAUUGACCACUACUUGCCUUGAGAG